AUGUCGUUAACACUCAAGCUCUCUUCACUUGCGAUCCGCACCCUCUCCAAGCCAAUCGCCAACCAAAUUAAGGCACAGGCUCGCGAGCAUGAGCGCUUCCGACACAUCUGUGUGUCAAUGGCACAGGCCCUUCACCGCUUCGACAUGCGCCUCCGGCUAGGCUCCAUCCGCGACACGAGCGCUUCACAACGACAAGCUGCCGCCGAGGCGGAGGUGAAGAAGCUCACCCCGAAAUCCCCGACGGCGAAAACAGAAGUCGAGACCAAGGCCGAAAAAGAUGCCAUUGCUAAGGCCAAGGCGGCUGCAGAAGAAGCGGCCAAGCCUCGUCAAUACCGUAUUCGACCCUUGUCCGAGUCGAAAGCUAUCGAAUCCGGCGCAAACUUUAUUAGUGAAACUUUCUUGUUCAUGGUCGCCGGCGGGUUGAUCUUGUUUGAGUCAUGGAGAUCGCGUCGCAAGGAAAGCACGCGCAGAGAUGACGUCGAGGAGCGACUGGCCGAGCUCGAGCAGUCAGAGAAGACUGCGAUCCAGUCAUUAGUGGCACUUGAGAAGGAGCUGCUGGCUCUGAAGGCUAAGCAUGGUGAGCUGCCGAAGCCAAACCAUCGGAUCUUGCCUCGGGAAGUGUGGGAGGUUCAACCCGAAGCGGACGAGCCAGAAGUCAAAGAGACGUGGUGGUCCAAAACCACGUCGUAUUUCUCCUUUUUGCAAAGUGCCCCCAGCACCACGCCGAUAGUACCCGCAACCCGAAGCUCACAACCGGCGGACUCGAAGCCAGUCGGGCAAUCUGAUGGACAACCAGCAGCACUACCGGCAGGCCAGAGUCCACCUCCUGCAAGCAAGAGUUCAUAA